AUGGCCUUGGUCAGGGACGCAGACGGCCACACUUUUAUCGAACACGCAAAUGGACAGCGCACACAUUACAUCUCCGACGACUUCACCGACCCGUGGCAGCCACGGGAAACUGUCUUGAUUCAACAUGGCUUCUGUCGGACCGCAGCGCACUGGUAUCACUGGGUGCCGGCUCUCUCGCGAGCAUAUCGAGUGAUCCGCCGAGACCUGCGUGGUCACGGUCUGUCCAGUUAUCCAUCAUCCAUCAGAGGGGCAAGGGGUGAAUACGAUUAUUCUCUGGAUUGCUUACUGGAAGAAAUCCUCGACCUCUUGAACUGCCUGGGAAUCGACAAGGUUCACUUCCUUGGCGAGUCUACUAGUGGCAUGCUCGCCGAAGCACUAGCAGCCAAACAUCCGGAGCGUCUGCAUUCCAUUACUGUGUGCUCAUCGCCAACACACUUGCCGCCCUCUGCUCUGAAUCUGUUCUCCUUCGGACACGAUGACUGGCCUACAGCAUGCCGCACGCUGGGAUCUCGGGGAUGGGCCGAAGCACUAUCCCGAUUGCCAGGCACAGUCGCUUCCGAGGACGAGGAUUACGUCUCGUGGUGGACGGAGCAGGUCUCCGUGUCGGACGGUGAGGGCUUGGCGGGCUAUGCCAGCUUCUUGUCGACCAUGGACGCGAGACCCUUCCUGUCCCAAAUCAAAAUUCCCAUGUUGAUUCUUGCUCCGAAACAUAGCGCCGUCAUGACCAAAGCACAAAUGGAAGACGUGGCAAGCCAGGUACCAGGCGCCCACCUCGAGUUGAUCGAUGCGCCAGGUCAUGAGAUCUUUGUCAGUGGAGCCUCUCAGUGUCAAGCUGCGGUUUUGAAGUUUUGGACCAGAGUAGGGAGUGAAGCCUCCAUUUAA